CUUUAAUCUCUUAUCAACCCCUGGACCCUGGUUGUUCCCUGCAUAUGCAGAUGUAGAUGCAAUUUUAAGUGCCGAGAUCCCACCCCGGGUAUGAGGCGUUUAAGUUCGCGUUUAAAUUCGCAUUCAAGUGCCGUGUCUGUGCUGAACAAAUAAAUCAUUUGCCUUGGUGUUCCCCCACAAUCCGGCGACCUGUAAAAGCCAACGUCAUGCAUACAAAAAAAACGCUAAGCAACUGCACUCUGACUGACCCAUGGCCACAGAGCAAGAAAAACGGGGUAGCGAUUAUUUCCAAAGGCGCAAAUUAAAACCUCAAGCCUCCCUCCGCUCCAGUACCAACGAGGAAGAUGGUGGUGGGCUGCUGAUAGGUCGCCCUAUACGAAACUGCGAAACUGCCGAUUCUGCAAUGGCCCUGAAAGUGAUCAUCGUAGGUGCCGGGCUGGCAGGCUCCCUCCUUGCCAAUGGACUCCUCAACAAUGACAUAGAUUUCGUCCUAUAUGAGUCGGAUGAGCAAAGCUCGAACCGUGAAGGGUAUCAGAUUCGCCUAGGAAGUCCCGCACUGGCAGGCUUCAACGCCUGCCUGCCCCCCGAAGACAAAGACGCCCUGAUUGCUAAAUUUGGCCGGUCUGGAGGCAUGAUAUCCUCGGCGCCAAUAUUAUAUAACACACGCUUUAAAGUCUUGUUGGACCUUACCAAGUUUCCCGCCUAUACCAAGUCGGCGCCUAUCAACCGGGUUAUUCUCCGUGAUUUCUUUCGCAAAGGACUUGAUGUGGCAGAAAAAAUCCAGUACGGAAAGCAGUUUAAAGAGUAUCGGGUCAUUCCAUCAGAGGACGGCUUGAGUAAAGUCGAGGUCCUAUUUGAAGACGGGUCGCUAGAUGUUUGUGACCUUCUAAUCUCUGCCGAGGGAAGCCGCUCGAGGGUCAAUCACCAAAUUGGGCUGGAUAACAUUGUGCAAUUAACCGACAAAUGGCGAUUUCUGGCCAAGGGUCCUCUAUCAACGGAGAAGUUGAAAAGCUUGCCGCCAGAAAUCAAGAAGGGGCCAAUUACAGUACUCAAAGAUGGAUUAAUAUUGUUUUUUUCCGCAUAUCUGCCAGCGCCAAAAAAUAGUACUCCGCCAGGAAAUCCAGAUGAACAAGGAGGCAAAGAGCAUGAGACUAUUUCAGACGGUGCUAGCUUAUUCUGGAGUUUGUCUGUGCCAUCUGAAAGGGUCCAAAAAGCAGGAGAUGCAGCGUUUCAGGAUAGGCUUGCCUUCUGCAUCGAACAAUUGAAAGACUGGGAUUCAGGAUUCCAUGAGAUGCUGAAGGCCACCGAUGACACAUAUAUUCAUGUAUUCCAAGCUCGCGCGAGUGAAAUGCCUAAAAAGACCUGGCGUGUCGACCAACGAGCAGCCUCGAAAGGUAACCCAGCAGUUGGACACAGUCAUGUGUGGCUCAUUGGCGAUGCCAUUCAUCCUAUGCUUCCAUCGCGGGGUAUGGGUGGAAACCAAGCGAUGCGCGACACGGCUGAUGCACUACCGAUUAUCCUCCAGUUAGCCAAAAAGUCGGCACAUAGCGGACUUUCAGAUGUUGACUUUGAGAAAGCGGUCCUCGACUAUGAGUCCCUCAUGAUGUCCCGUGCGUUUGGCUGGGUCAAAGCCAGCGGGGGUACGAGUGGAGAGAUGGUUGAGCCUGAAAGCAUCAAAGGUAAAAUCCUACUUCUCUUUGCUGCUGGUGUUCUUCAUAUUGUCCAUGUCUUUUUCCUCAUCCGUACUGCGUUCGGGUAUCGACCAAAAGAUGACGCCCCAGAGCUACUAGACUAGCCACCGGCCAAUUCUUCAAUACACAUGUUAGAAUGCAUUGUAGAAUUAGUUCAAUUACAAAUGCGCUCUGUUUUACUUAACAAACAAUUUUUUUUUA